AUGAAGGCUGAGAAAGGUCCAACAUGUCACUUCUGGUGGAUCUUGGCCAAGGUCAUUUGUAUUGUAGGGUCUGUAAGGACUAUAGACUUAGAAUACUCAGAAAUAGUGAAGUCUCGAGGAAGUGAUGAGACAGCUUUUCUACUUUGGGGAUAUGACAGAAAGAAUCAAGAAAUUGUUCUGGAGGUCCAGGUCAAAAAAGCAUUAUGGAUAAGCUUAGGACUCAGCCCUGAUGGGUCUCUCAAUGGAAGUGACUUUGUGAUUGCCGGCUGGCAUGAAGAACAAGUCUUUAUAUAUGUGAGUCCACAGAAUCCAUAUGUAUUGUUAUUUUAGAUAAAAAUGCCCCUGUAAAAAUAUAUUUGGUUAGCAAAACCAACUGUAGUUAGAAUUUAUGUAAACCCAGUGGAGAAUUAACCACUUUACUGUAUUUAUCACAGUGAUAUAAUCAUAUAGUUAUUAGUAAUUACUGGUUGAAAUUUAUAAAAUAUGCUGCUUAUAGAGAAUGUAUGAACAGUUUUAAAAGUUUGACAAUCACCAUGGGUUUACUUCAUACAAAAUUAAUCUUAUUGAUUUUUUUUUGAUUGGGUAAUUAAAAUAUUAGAUCAGGGUGGUGCAGUAGACAUUGCUUACCUAGAUUUCAGUAAGGCUUUUGACACUGUUGCACAUAUAAAGCUCUUCAAUAAACUGCAAUCUUUUAGUUUAGAUUCCAAUAUUGUUGAAUUGGUUAGGCAGUGGGUGAGUAACAGGCAAUAAAGGGUUGUAGCCAAUGGAGUAUAUUCGAAGCAAGGUCUUGUUAUCAGUGGGAUACCUCAGGGAUCUGUACUUGGACCAAUUCUCUUUAAUAUUUUUAUUUGUGAAAUUGCAAAAGGUCUUUGUAGUAAGGUAUGUAUAUUUGCUGAUGAGACAAAGAUUUGCAACAGGGUUGAUGCUCCAGUAGGGAUAAGCCAAAUGGCAAAUGAUUUAUGUACACUAGAAAAAUGGCCAGAGUUGUAUUAACUGAGAUUUAAUGUGGAUAAGUGAAAGGUAAUGCAUCUUGGACGUAAAAAAUCAUGGGCAGAGUAUAGCAUAUUUGAUGCAGUCCUAACCUCAACAUCUGAGAAAAGGAAUUUAGGGUGAUUAUUUCAGAUGACUUAAAGGUAGGCAGACAAUGUAAUAGAGCAGCAAGAAAUGAUAGCAGAAUGCUUGGUUGUAAAGGGAGAGGUAUUAGCAGUAGAAAGAGGGAAGUGCUCAUGCUAUUGUACAGAGCACAAAAUCUCCAGAAGGAUAUUGAUACUUUGGAGAGAGUUCAAAGAAGGGCUAUAAAACUUGUUCAUGGAUUGCAGGAUAAAACUUACUUGGAAAGGUUAAAGGGUUUUAACAUGAAUUGCUUGGAUGAGAGAUGAGACAGGGGGAUACGAUAGAAACAUUUAAAUACAUAAAGGGAAUCAACACAAUAAAUGAGGAGAGUAUAUUUAAAAGAAGAAAAACUACCACAACAAGAGGAUAUAGUCUUAAAUUAGAGGGAUGAAUGUUUAAAAAAAAAUAUCAGGAAAUAUUAUUUUACUGAGAUGGUAGUGGAUGCAUGGAAUAGCCUCCCAGCUGAAGUGAUAGAGAUUAACACAACGAGGGAGUUCAAGCAUCUAUGGGAUAGGCAUAAGGCUAUCCUAGAUAUAAGAUAUAACCAGGGACUAAUGAAAGUAUUUAGAAAAUUGUGCAGCCUAGUUGUGUCGAAUUGUUCUUAUCUGCCAUCACAUUAUAUAUUUCUAUAUAGAUUCCUCUGUUUAAAUAUCAAUUACCUUUAACAGUCUGUUAUCUGAUGGAUUUAUCUUUAGGAUGGCUACAUGACUGGGGAUUGGCCCCCAGAGAAGGAUGAGUCCCAGGAUUAUAAACUGAUGGACUUGAAGAAUAAUGAUACACACAGCUUCUUGAGAGUUUGGCGCAAAUGGUUUACAUGCGACCCUUUUGACCAAGACAUUGAGGUGAAAAAAAUAUUUUUUGUAUUGCCUCUAAAAGUACUGUUUAUAGUGGACUUGCUUUCUAGCAAACAAUGUUUUAUUUAAUAAUUCUGAUGACCAAUACGUAAAUAAUUGUAUUCUAAACCUUUGAACAUAUCUCUUAAAAUAUUACCGAUAAUGGUACACUAGAUCAACAUUUGUCGUAAUAUGCAUUUGACAAUGAAACAAUUUGAGCAUUAUACUGAAUAAAAUUUGUAUUUCAGUUAAGGACAGGAAUCAUUUUUUGUAAAACGAUAAAAUGUUGUUAUUUUUUGUUUUCUUUUGUUUUGCAAAAUUAAUCUUUUGAUAAACACCUUUAGAAUCUAUGGAAAAGCAUAAAUUAAUAUAGGCUCUUACAACACGAUCAUUUAGGGUGCUGUUCUACCUUCAAGUUAUCAUGUCAGAAACAUAUUCUAAUAACUACAUAAUAACCUACAAUUUACUGAAAGUAUGUAUUUCCCUGUGGUAGAAUGACACUCUGCGAGUGAUUGUGAUCUACGGUGAAAGCAACGAUCUCACAUAUACAGAAGAUCACUUUUUCUACAGACCCACUUUUUUCCUGUUAGUGGAAUCAGUGGUUGAAAAUCCUAGUAAAGUCCUGUCCUAUGAUCUCAAAUUGAAUAAUGUAAGUACCUCGGCAAUUACGAAUGCAUGGGGGGAGUGAAGGGGGAGCAGGGAUGAAAAAAUUAAAUUGGUUUUAUCAAGUUAACUUGUUAUUGUGGUUAUAUGUAUCACUCAUUCUUCUGAUUUAAGAAGACCAGGAACACAUUAAUCUUUACAAUAGACACAGGCCUAAUGCACACUGGUUUAAAAUAUUUUUUUCGUGCCUUUAUUGGUUUGUUUCUUUUUUGUUUGGUAAGGAUAUUGAAGGAAAAAAUAUUUCUUACUAUUCCCUUGUGAUCUAUAACCUUUCUACAGUCACCGGUGCACACAAAAUAGAGCUAUCAAAGAGAUAAUAGCAUCUGUUUUUAAACCAAAAAAUAUCAUUUUAUAUUUUCUUUUAAAUCAAUGUCCAAGUUCGCUUACAAAUGGUUGGAUUGACUGAUCACUGCAGUGUAUGCUCAGCAUCUGGAGAUGAGAGAACUCUGAGAUAUAGUGACCAGUGGGAAACUGACCUGCAACAAAGGAUCGAGGGGGUUAGUGGGAAGACAUCUGGGAAGCAGCAGCCAAGACCUCGACUUGCAUGACACUCCAAGAACAAGUGUAUUAAAACUCUGAUGAGGUGGUAUACCUCCUCAAUUAAGCAAUUCCAUAUGGGCAGGUCCCCUACAGAUUAGUAUUGGAGUGGAUGUGGCCCAAAAAGGUACUUAUGUGCACAUGUGGAGGACAUGCCCCGAGUUAGCUAGGUUCUGGAGUAUAAUUAGAGACCUAUUAAAAUAGGUACAGCACAGGUAUAUAGACAUUGAGCCAUGGUCAUUCUUGCUGGCUUAGCCUACCGGAGGUCUGACCUAAUGGGAACAGAAACUAUUGAAUAAGAUAACAUUGGCAGCUAGACGCGCACUAGUGCAAGAAUGGCUCAGUAAAGAUGUACCUAAAUUGGAUAGUGUUAUUGUCAAAAUCAGACAUAAUUACCUAAUGGAUAAACUCAUGGCCCAAGUAGGUAAUACAAUGACCACCUUUGCUAAGGUGUGGUUUUCUCUUUCUUUUUAGUGAGAACGUUUACUCAGUUAUAGAUAAAAUAAAGAAAAACCCUUUUGAGUCAGGAGAUAUCAAUUAACAGUUACGUUUGGACUAUGCCCAAAGUGAACUUCUUGUGUAUUGUUCCUUGCUGUUAUGAACAAUAUAAUAUGUCUGUGUGUACUCCUAAAAAAAAUGAAACAAAAAUGAUUGGAUUGUUAUCAGCACUUACUGAUUCUUUAAAGGACCACUAUAGUGCCAGGAAAACAUACUCGUUUUCCUGGCACUAUAGUGCCCUGAGGGUGCCCCCACCCUCGGAGUCCCCCUCCCGGGCUCUGGGGAGAGGAAGGGGUUAAACUUACCUCUUUCUCCAGCGCCGGGCAGGGAGCUCUCCUCCUCCUCUCCUCCCCUUCAGCUGAAUGCGCAUGCGCGGCAAGAGCCGCACGUGCAUUCAGCCAGUCUCAUAGGAAAGCAUUCACAAUCACAGUGAGAAGUGUGCAAGCGCCUCUAGCGGCUGUCAAUGAGACAGCCACUAGAGGCUGUAUUAACCCUAAUAUAAACAUAGCAGUUUCUCUGAAACUGCUAUGUUAAUAAAAAAAGGUUUAAUCCCAGAUGGACCAGGCACCCAGACCACUUCAUUAAGCUGAAGUGGUCUGGGUGCCUAUAGUCGUCCUUUAAGUAGAAGUGUGAUGCAGAAAUGUAGCCCCAUGUAGCCAAAGCACAGCUAAGCGGAAAAGGGCAUUGACAGGAGUUAGGAGGCGGGCAUAGGAGGAGGGAAGGUAGUAUGGAGUUAUGGGUAAGUGGGCUGAGAUAUUUAAAUAGGCAGCCAUUUUAAGUGAACUCACUUCUAAUUUCCUACCUGACCGAGUUUGUCCCGCCCACCCUCCCUGAAUAUUGUUUCUGGUGGGGGAUAUCUCGUUUUUUCACAGCGGCGGGAUAGGGAGCUGAAGGAGCAGGAAUAGGCUCCCUAGGAUGAACGUGACAGAAACGGAAAACUGUGGUCAUUGGUGGUUGGUAGGUUUCGAGUCCUGUCGGUGGCUCAGGGGUAGGGGUGUCCGGGUAUACCCCUGCCAUUGUUAAUUUAUGUUUGGCACUUUAAGGUGGUAUGUUGGAAUAAUGUUGGUAUAUGUUAUAUAUAUGUGUUAUUUAUAUGGGGGUCAUUGCCUUUUAUAUUAACAGAAGGAUUAAGAUGCGAGGGCGGAGUAUGGGGGGCAAUGACUCAUGUUUAAUUGUUAAGUUAUUAUUAUUAUUAUUAUUAUUAUUAUUAUUAUUAUUAUUAUGUUAUAAUGGAUAUAUUGUUAUUAUUAUUUAAGAUUGUUUAAUAAAGCUGUGGACAUAUUUUCCCACAUACCCGAGUGUCAGUGCGUGAUUGGGUUAGGAAUGUGGGAGGGUUGUCCUGGAGUCCGACUGCCCAUAUGGCGACUAAAUACCGGUCAUGUAACAUGUUUUCAUUUUCUUAAACAUGUAGGAUUUUAAUACAUCGAUGCUAUCAGUAAAGUAACUUUAUUUAGAGCAGAUGUCUGUCUGUCCUGAAACAGAUGGAGAUUCAAUUUUAAAGGGACACUUUGUUUUAUUGAAGUUGUCUGGGUGGAGUGCCUCUGUCCUCUUAACGCUGUAAUGAAAAACAUUGCAGUUUCAGAGAUAUAGCAUUAUUUUGUAAAUGUUUAUUUUAAAGAGUUGAGUUAAAUACAUAUGUUUAUUACAAUAAUUAUUAGAUUAUAAUAAUUUUCAUAUUUUAAAUGUUAUUAAUUUCCUUGUUUACACCAUCACUUUUACAAAUUAUAACUAUGUGUUCUGCUUGUAUAGCAAGGUGCCUGGUUAGUGUAGUUGUGUUUGGUACCCUAUCAAAUAAACAUUAUGCAAACAUACAGUUCCUACACUACACCCAGAAUGUCAAAAAUGUGAAUUUUGCAGAUGGUGAAAGUUGCCAUUUUUUUCAUUUAUUUUUUCCCAUUGCAUGCCUAUGUCAGCUAAAUAAAUAUAAACAUAAAUAAGCUAAAUUACCAGUGCAUGAAUGUGUUUAUGUGGGUCUCUAUUCACAUAUUUCCUUGUUGUUGCAGUUUCCUAUUCCAGAUCAAGACACUACCUACGCCUGCACUUUUCUCCCUCUACCCCAAGUUUCUACAAAACAUCACAUUAUAAUGGUAACUAUUUCCAUAAUUCAUAUCAUUGCAGUCAACGUCAAUCUAUAGAUGUAUAGAUGAUGUGUCAACUUUAGCAGCUUUCUUUAAUUUACUGAUUCUCCUUUUCCUCAUUUGUUUCAAUGUCCUAACAUUCCCCCACCUAUUCAACAGUCAACCUAACAAUGUUGCAUUAUCCCCCUGUUCUUAAAUUCUCUGCAGUAUGAGCCAAUGAUUGACCCCAAGAGUGUUGAUAUAGUCCAUCACAUUUUGAUCUACACUUGCGCCAACUCUACUGAAAUCACAUUUGAUGUUGGAGACUGUUAUGGCAGUGAUGUUCGAUUCUCACAAUGCAUGACACCCAUGCUGGGAUGGGCUGUAGGGGGAGAGGUGAGUGAGAAGACUCUCCUGUAUUUACAUAUCGGUGAGCGUGCUUCCUUCUUAUUUAAUAAUAUGAAUAAAUCAUCCAUUAAUUAAAAAAUAUAUAGAUAACAUUUGUUGAUAGCACAAUAUUUUUUGGGGGAAUGCUGGAGUAGAAUUCAUAGAUCCCAGUUCCCUGACCUAUUAAAAUUUUCCAAGGCCGCUAUCUUUUGCAAGCAGUACUCUAUAUUAAAUAAUUAGUUGCCUAACUCGAAUUUAGAUGAAAUGUAUAAUAAAUAUUUACUAUUAAUAAUUCUAGUAUCAAAAUUAGCAAAACGCUGGGCUCAUAUCUCUCUCGCAGUCAUUUAUAUUGUAAAUGAGAAAACAAGUUGCCCACUUGGUUACAAUGCAGAGGCAAACAUUGCAAGUAUUCAAAUAUGUCAAGAAGCAUCUCAAUUUGUAUCAUUUUCAACAGGCAGACCAUGCAAAAUUGUCACUUUCAUAAAUUGUGAUUCUAAUUUUGUGGCCUAUUUUGUUUGUUUGUUUGAUUGUGUUUGUUUGUUUAAAAUGCAAUGUCCAAUAGGUGUGAAAGACCACUAGAAGAUUUAAUGAAUAAAUUCACAAGCACAUAUUGAAUACAGAUCAAAAUAAAUUGAAGUCUCCUUUUAACUGUUAGUUUUAGAAGUGUGGUGAUCUUAAAUGAUAUACUUCAGGCAAAGAAUAAUGCUCACUAUCUAGAGGUGUAGGAGACAUACUUUGGAAGCUUUAAAAUUAUGUUUUCUGGAUUUUUGAAUUACAGACAAGAUCCCCUAACACGUGGGUGCCUAAAAGGUAGUUCCCCAGAGAACUACAACUCCCAUGAUGCUUUGCAUGCCUUCAGAAUGCUUUUAGAAUGACAAAGAAUUAUGGAAGUUGUAGUUCUAAAACAUCUUAGGAUCUACUCUUUGGGCACCCCUGUCCUAGCAGAAUUAAUUCCAAAUGGGAUGUGAAUUCUAUCAUCAGACACUAGGCCUCCACUAUUCUAGGCUUGUACUUAUUAAUGUGUCUUGAGCCUCUUUCAAGACUGAUUAUCGUAGCUAAAAUGUACACCUUAGAGAACAAGUAAAAAUAAAUAUGAAGUACAACAUGAUAGGAUAAAAUUCAAAUGGCUAUAUGGAACUAGUUUAACAACUAAUAGUUGCUUAAGUGUUAGUUGAAGAGCCUUUUUAAUUUAGACUGGAAUUACAUAUUUUUAAUAUUUUUUUAUUUUCCAUAUUGGAUGAUGACUUGUCAUUUUAUAUCUAAAUUAAGAAAUAUUCUCUUUGCUCAAUACCAGGUGGCCAUUUGGGGUGAAACAUAAUAACAUAGUACAUAAUAUCACCCCCUUGUGGUUUAUUCCCACUUUGUUAAUAUCAGUUAUAGUAAUUUUUGCACUCAUAUUGUCCUCUGUAUAUUGGUUUGUUUUUGCUGAAUGCAUUAAGUGCCAUUGUCGGCGUCUUGAUCCAGUACUCCCCCUGCUUGUCUCGGCUUUCUUUUCAAAUGUUUUGUGGCGGUUACCAAGGCUUACAAAUAUUAUUUGUAAAAUGUUAGAAAUUGUAAUAAAAUGUACAGUCAGCUCCUUAGCUGUAUUACUUGUAUUUAUGUUAAAUGUUUUUGGUGAUUGUUGACCUCUAUAGAACACUGCUCAAUGUUGUCUUUUUUAAUAAUUAAAAAAGGUAAGAUUUUGUUUAUAUCUAUUAUUUUUUUUUGCAGGCGUUUUAUUUUCCAAAUACCACAGGCGUAUCCAUAGGCACAGAGGAUGACCCUCAGUAUAUCAGGAUUGAAAUUCAUUACAGUAACUUUGAAGAGAUAGAAGGUAUGGGGUUAUAAAAAAGGUGUAAUAUAUGAUAUAUGAUUAUCUUUCUACCACUGUACAAUAAACAGACUUUGUUUUCUUAGAAGGCUAAUUCCUAACUUGGGAAGCCAGCAGGUAUAGCUCUAUAAAAUGUGAAUUAUCUAGUGCAAAUAGAAAUCCCUAUAAAUUCCCUAGUCAUAUAGCUAUUUAUGAAGUGAAAUUAAUAUGUUUUCAUGCAAAGUCAAGAAAAAAACCUCUCUAGAGAGUUCUCAUUAGAUUUGGAGAUUCCUUUUGGGCUGAACUGAAAUUUGUAGAAAUGUAAUUUACUUGUAGGAGAUUCAGCACUCUUCCUGUAUAGUAUAGGAGUGUUGAGGCUCCGUCAUUCUUUUUUACUCUGCAGUUUGUCCAAAUUUAGACCAAUUGGUUCCAACAAAACCUUUUGAAUUUUGAACCGCAAUGCAACCAAACAGAGCAAUGCAGAGCAUGAAUUUUAUUUAAUUUUUUUGGGAGAGGGGGCUCCCUGAGGCAUCAAAAAAAUAGAACAUUGAUGGGAAAAAAAGGUGAUUGAUGGCUAGGAAGCAGCAUUUAUAGAUCAAGUGAGAAGUGAGCAGGGUGAAGUAAAAAGCAACAUAUAGGGAAAAACAGAAGGUGCAGUUAAAAAAAAAUCUCUCUAUAUUUAUAUAUUACAUAUUUAAUAAAUGUAUAGUAUAUACUUUUUCUCAUGUUUGAUUAAUUUUACUCACCUGAUCUGGGAACUAAAUGAUGGGAAAAUGUUGAUGGGUAAAUCUUAUCAGUGUACUGUAAACAUAUACUCAUAAUAUUAUAUUAUGUAUAUAUAUUUUGCCUCACACUGACUGGCCCAUUUUCACAUAUUUUUUUUUGGUUUGCCUGAUUCAUUUUCCGAAUUGGGAUACGGUCAAACUGGGCAGACUUUCGACCAAAUGGUAUUCAGAAAACUGUUAUUUUCCAAAGAGAAUCACUUUGUCCGUUUCUCAUCGUGCACAAGUCCAGUUCUCAUAGUAAAGACGUGGACAUCACUAGUAAAAUGCUUCUGCUCAAACCUGUGACACGUAAAUUACUACCAAGCCUAAAUAGCAUUGUGCUGCGUCCAUGUGGUGAAAAGCACCCAAACAGCAAGGAAUGUGUUUUUUUUUUUUUUUGCAAUGUGAGAGGUAAUAACAUUGGUCAUAUUUCAAAGACUAAAAAACAUUCCUAUUCAUCAUCAUCAACUUUUCAUACAUUCCUAUAUCCCCUGUUCCUGAUCCUGAAGAAGGUGUAUAACUAUUCUUAACUAAUUGGCAAGUAUCUUUGGAUCAAGAGGUAAAGGGAUAUUUUAAGCACCAAAACCACUUUAGCUUAAUGAAGCAGUUUUGGUAUAUUGUUCAUGUCCCUGCAGUGUCACUGCUAAGUUGUUUUAAUGUUUAGACUAUUCCUUUAAUGUGCAGUGUGCAUGUAUUAAUAACUCUAUUAUGAUAAUCAUCUUUUGGUGUGUAAACCACAGUGGGCAUCUUGCUCUAUAUUUGUUUUUUGUAGGAAUAAUAGAUAAUUCUGGAAUCCGGAUUUUGUACACACCUGAAUUGCGGGAACACGAUAGUGCUAUACUAAUGGUUGGUGUAUUUACAUUCCCUCUACAAUUUAUCCCACCAGGAUCAAAACAUUUCAAAAAUUAUGGAAUUUGUGACACUAGCUUGAUCCCAGAGGUAAGAAAUUUGGCACAAAAAAAAGCAAGGAGGUUUUGUUUUACUCACUACUAACAGUAAGAUAUUAUUUGUAAUUUUAAAGCUUUUUACAUUAAACAUGAAAGUCUGAGUUAGAAAAAGGUUUACACAAGGUGGAGAUCCACUAUCAACUUUUGUCCAAUUCAAUCAGCCAUCACAAGUGAUGACUGUGGGGUUCAGACAUCAUCUCGCUCAUCGCAAGAAGUGAUCUGUAUAGGUUUGCAGGAUCCUCCAUAGACCCUUAGUGUUGUACUCUCAGAACUCUUGGCAGAUGAUGUACCAGGAGCUGAUGUGGGCCCCAGGAAGAAAAUGGUCUCAGCCACAACGAGUGGCUUCAGGUAAGUAUACCUACCUUCCACUGCAUCCAGUGGCCACCGGCCCUAAGUGGAAAUAUCCCUUUUAGGUUUCUAUGCAUAAUAAGCCAUGAUUCCCUGAAAGUAACAGAUCUGUUUUAAUGCGGUAUCUUUUUUAAGUUGCUUUCCUAAAAAAAAACCUUUAGGUUUCUUAUAAAUAAAAAUAGUGUUUGACAAUUUCUAUUUGUUUAAGUGUUAUAUAUUUUUUAAAUUUUUUUGUUGCACCUACAGUAUGUAACAAAACUUUUAUUUUUUCUUCUAUGCUAAUAUUUCAUAUCCUGUCUGAAAUAUUGAAAGAAAAGCAUAUACUUUCUUCUCUACAAAUUUUUGCCAAAGUCACAUAGACAUUUUCACUAGCAUGAUACAAUUGGCAAUCCAAUGCUGAAUCAAAGUGCCUCUAAUUUGACUUUUAUGAACUAAAAUUUUAAACUCAUUUUGAAUUCCUGCCAAUUUAUAUAUUAGUGAAUAGCCCUGUAAGUGUUGUAAAGGUUUAGUGGGUAAAUGUAUACUGAUUCGAAGAACAAUGUCAUCAAAGUCAUCACAAGUCUAAAUUGUCCAUACUUUUUUUGCCAGCAAUGUUACCAAAGUCAGAAAAAUGAUUGUCUUUAUACUGUGACUAAACUGUAAUGUCAUGUUUAACCCCUUAAGGACACGUGAUAUGUGUGACAUAUCAUGAUUCCCUUUUAUUCCAGAAGUUUGGUCCUUAAGGGGUUAAUAUUGUAAUUGUUAGCAAGAAAACAAGAAUUCAAUGCAUACACUAAAGGUGGAAUACUUCCUGCAGGGUGCUCUAGAAAGGGAAGGCCAAUCCGUGGAGACAUUAAAUUGAAGAAAAGAUAAAUAUCCAGGCACACCUGAGGUUUCUUCUAAAAGGUAGUCUUUUUAUGUGGAACAAAAAAGUUUUUUUUAUCACUUUUUUGUUCCAAAUAAAAAGACUUCCUUUUAGAAGAAACCUCAGGUGUGCCUGGAUAUUUAUCUUUUCUUCCAUUUAAUAUUGCAAUGUCAAGCUCAAUGGGCCAAAUAUGCAAAAUUAAAGAAGAGAUUGUCACUUUCAAAAGAACACAGUUUUAAGACAUCAAGUUCAUUGAUGAUGCUAACAGUUGUCAAGUAUUUUCAAUAUAGACAUGGCAGUUUGGACGCAUCUUUAAGGUCCUUCUAAACAUAUAAUUUGCCAUCGGUUGGGAGACACCAGUACAAUGUAGGUGGGAUUGUGCCAUUUCACUUGCUUCUCACUCUUUCAUCCACACUUUUAUUGACAUUUUCCUCUAUCUCACCCUGUCUGGUACUGGCUCCUUUAAUUUAUCCUUACUCAUGUUUCCUUUUACCGACCCUCUGUCCCCAAAUGGAAAUCACGUAUCUCUUUGCAUUGUCCUUUCUUCUACUCAAAGACCACCACCUUCUUUCUUGUGUGAGUUGUCCAUUGCCAUUGCCCUAUGUUUUGCCUUUCAUCCUGCCUGAACGUUAUUGUAACGGAGCUCCCCUUACUCUGACCCUCCAUUGAUGGACGCUUCCUAGCUUGUGCCGAGGACCACAAGCACCUCACCGGACACCACAACCACUGCAGACUCCGCAACCGCCGUAGCUUGACUGGAGUAUCGUCGUCUUUCUUCCACCCUGGAUCAGCUUCUGUCCUCCAGGACCGUGUAGGAAAGACCUCUUCCUUCAACCCUGUAUGAACCUCCAGCAUCCUGUACUGUGUGGGGAAAACCUCUCCUCCAGGAGAGCAUAUCAGGAACAAGCUCUUAAAAGAGCUAAGUUAUUCAAGCUCAGGGGAGUAUGCAGAGCAUAGCAAUCCCCAGUGUGAUUAUAGCAGCUCCCUCCAAUAACGAGACAAGGCUACAUAUUGAGGGUCAAACAGGAUCUCUUUACUUGGCACCAAAGGGCCUUCUUUUAUGCACGUUUUCCACACAUAGUAUCAACCACAGGGUUUUUCAGAACAACCAAUAAACACAUUACAACACAUACAAUGCAAGUACAGCAGCCAAUCAGACACAAUGGGACAAUAGAAACACACCCAGCAUAUUCCUCCCCUCUGUUUAGGAGAUAAUUGAGUCAAUUACUAUACAAACUCAAUUAUCUCCAAGCUGAAAAGUUACACUUUUUAUACAUUUUUAUAACUUUGUGAAUUUACAUCGUACAUACAUAAAACUUAUAUUAUUUUUACCAGUAUAACUUGGGACAAACAUAUCCAAAAUUGGUGGAAAUCUGUCCAGGGGUUCCAGAGAUAGUAAAAAAGUAUUUUUGGACCAAACGCAAGCAGAUUUUUUUUCUGCCCAACCCCAGUUCCAACUAGUCUGGCAGUGUGCCUGGGACAAGGCCCUGCUGGGGAACAAUGGAGCAGGGGGAGGGGAAGAGCCACACCUUCCCAGGGAUUCAAAGGGGAAGAAAAAGUGUCCAAAAAGUUUCAAUAUGUCCAUACGCUGUUUUUAAAGGGCCAGAACAGUACAAUAAAAGUCCAUUAUGCCCAAAUAGUACUCCUUAAAAGGGCCAAGUGGUGAAGGGCACUUCGUCACAGUUAUUAUUCAAUUUUAAUCCCUUUUCUUGACACUUUCUCGUGACAUCAUACAAUAGGAUUUUAUCAAGCCUCCUUAAAAUGAUACAUGUUGAUGUACCAGUUAUUUUGGACAAAUCUGAAAAUACACUUGCUGUAAUGCAGACUUCAGCCAGUUGGUGUCACUAUUUGUCAUGCAUUCAUACAGUCAAGAAUUUAUAAUGUGUACAAGCAAAAUGUACCUGUUGCAGAAUUACACAAAGUGCGAUAACUCGUGUGCAAGAGAGUUAUAACCCCUUUAUUUAUAUAUAUUUCCCAGUGUAUCUCUCUUGACUUUCCAUAGGUUCUAGGUAAGCCAGUGGGUGAUCUGACAGUCACUACAUUCCUUCUGCAUGCUCACCUCACUGCACGUGGAAUAAGGAUCAUGCAUUAUCGGUAAGAUGAUAUACAUUUACUUCAUUCUCUUAUCACAUACCAAAGUACCUGAUUUUACUUCUGAGGAAAGUUGAUGCACAUUUUAGAAUGUUGCUACAUUAUAAGUACCAACCCCUGGAUGGGCUAAGGUAACAUCCCCAGGAUGUACCUGAAAACCAGAGUAAUCAGAAUGCACCUUUCCUGGUUAAAUACUUAUUCAUAUACUGCAGAGUUUUAUAGUUAUAAAAAGGUAUAUAUAGAGGUAAAGAACAUUUGGAGGUGGAGAAGAAUAUGAAGGUCAAACGAUCUAUGAGGAUUUGAGGUAUGCAGAUAUAUAUGAUUAUGGUGAUGUUACCAUUGCUUAACUCGUUAAUAUAUAGAGCAGGACAAGUCACAAGCAUGAACCUUAUCUUAAAGUAAUUGUAUCCAUCACUGAAUAACAAGUUAACUAUUGGGGUGCUCACUGUUCUUAUACUAAACACCUUUUUUAAGCACACCUUUUUUAAAAAAAAAGUACUUUACAUUGACUUAAGCAUUGACAUAAUCAUUGUGGAGUUGAUAAUGUAAAUAUUAUAUGCCAAUAAUGAACUAACUCUCUCAAAGUGACCCACAGAUCUCUAGGGUAGGUGUAGGCAACCUUCAGCGCUCCGGGUGUUGUGGACUACAUAUCCCGUAAUGCUUUUCAAGCCAUAACGCAUCAGGAGAAAUGUAGCCAACAGCAUCUGGAAUGCCAAAGGUUGCCUAACCAGGCUCUAGAGCGGGCAUAGGCAAUCUUCGGCACUCCAGAUGUUUUGGACUACACCUCCCAUGAUGCUUUGCCAUCAUUAUGGGUGUAAGAGAAUUAUGGGGGAUGAAGUCCACAACAUCUGGAAUGCCGAAGGUUGCCUGUCCAUGCCCUAGAGAGUGGAGCAGCUACAAUAAAUGACUUCCAGAUCAAGAAUGUCUUUGGAGUGAUGGAUGUUUGGGGUGACUUUAAUUAGUUCUAGGUCUGCUUUAACUCUCUCUGUUUUCUUAUCAAGCAAUGACACUUUAAUUGGCAGUCUUGGUGAGGACAAUAAAUACGAUUUCACUUUACAACAAAUUAGAAACCUGCCUGGAACCGUCACUAUAAAAAUGGUAAAUACUCGCAUUGUGCCCUUUUGAAUCUCCACGUUUUAUCUAAGAAUGAUCUAUUAAAAUAUAAUGAUUCAGCAAAUACAUAAGUACUAUUCAUAUUCAGCUACUAAAUAACACUGAAAGGAGAUUAGUUGUCAUAACUAUUUAAUACAAAUAAAGGUUUGGAAAUGUCUUAAUAUAAAUUGUCAUAUAUUCCUGUAAAUUCAUAUUGUGUUUAUUGUGAAAUCCUUCUUAAAUGUAUUCAUCUGUGCUUCUCUUAUAUGCAAUCUGCUAGAGAUGGUUAUUCUCUUAUAUUAAUCUAAUGUAUCUUACAGCCAAAAAUCAUUCAUUUUAAAUAACGUCAUGUCAGCAGCCUCUUGUUUAUACUGUGACAAACCCAGAUAUUCCAUUUUGUAGUACAUUAUUAUUAUUAUGAUUUUAUUAUUUAUAUAGCGCCAACAAAUUCCGUAGCGCAUGACAUAUCUCUGUUUUGUUUCACGUUUAAGUCAAUGCUAUAUCCAAUAUGAGAAUAAUGGUCACUUAAAAUGGUCCAUUAAAAAUAUAUUUUGUAUCAUAAUAUAUGUUGUAAUUGGAAAAAUAAUUUAGAUGAAUUGCCAUUGUGUAUUCCAAUAUGUAUUAUAUCUGUUUGUGGGUCCAUGUUGGUGCUUAAAAUUUUGAUGUUGAUGUAUUUUCUGCAAAUUAUUUAUUUAAAUUACACUUGCAAUUAACUUAUGAAGAUUUUUUUGAGUUUUUAAACUCAUGUGCUUCUUUUCAUUUUUAUUGUUGUUUCAUAUGGUUUGAUAUGUGCUUUAGGAUUUAAAUAUAAUUCAGUUUCUUAAUAUGAUUUUUUUUUUCUCUAUGAUGAUUGAGGAGUUGGCACUUUUUUAAUUACUUUUUUUCUGUUUCCAUCAAGCAGUGACAGGUUUUGAAAUAUUGAGAAAUUGUUACAGCAAAUAAAAUUCAGCAACCAGUCUCCAACUCUACUCUAUAGGAGCCACUAAAAGCCUCACCAGACAGGAAUUCUAAGUUGCUAAUGGUUUUCUUUUUUUUGGAAUUGAGAGUUGCUAAUGGUUGAAGUUUUAGGAAAUAACUGCUACUCAUUGAUGUUAGUGACAGACACAUUAGCGAUUAGCCUCCGGUUGGUAAAUCCUACUGACCAGAAGUGGAGCUACUGCUGGUGCAGUCAUAAUGAUCACACCAGGGCCUGCAAGCUGCAGGAGGCCUAUUAGGUGGCCCUUACACUUGGAGCCACCCAAUGGGCAACUCUAAUCAGGAUCCCGGUAUGGCUCUGCAGUCCUUUAGCUGCACUACUGGCCCCUGUCAAAUCAGCAGUACUGGGGGAGGAAGUGAAUACAGUGUGAUCCUUGUCAGCAGGUAGCACGGUCCUCUAGGGCAAAAACAUGCACAGUCUUUUAAUGCAACUUCAUUCCAGGCACUUAAUUUGCAAAUCCACACAGGAUACAGCAGUAAAUGAAAACAUAAAUGUAACAGGUUUCCCUUUAAACAAAAACCUAGCUCGUCUGAGCACUGACUCACUUUGAAUAACCCUCUCUAUCAGGGUUAAACUAACAAAACAUACUGCACCAACCUUAUUAGUUAGCAACACUCUGCUAGCUAGCCUGUUGCUUUUCUUUCUCCUCCCAGUGCUCCAAGCCAGCCUUGCCCUGACUGCUUUCCUUUCUGCACUCCUAGUGCUCCAAGCCAGCCUUGACUGCUUCCUCCUGCACUCCCAGUGCUCCAAGCCAGCCUUGACUGCUUCCUUUCUGCACUCCCAGUGCCUAGUCUUCUUGACUCUCUAUCUGGAGAGAACAGCCUCUCUCCUACCUGCUUCCUGGGAGGAAGCCAGCAAUCCCUCUCCUCUUUUUCCUGCCUAGCCGGGAGGGGUUUAUUCCCACUGCAACAGCUCAUUAACUGCAGCUGAGCAGUGGGUUGGAGACGGUCCAAAAAACCCUGGCCUGGAUCUACAUCUCGCCAGAAAACCACUAAACUGUGGAGUGGAGCAUUGGCCCACCCUUCUCUCCAAAUGCUCCACCCCAGGGGCCCAUAACUAAACAAAGCUUUGGGUUGUGCAACACACAAACUACACGUACUUCCCCUGGGGUUAAAAGGCCUAUCUGCCUUCACUUUAUCACAACAGAUCAAUUUGUCCCUGUGCAGACUAGGAGGUGGCACAGAGAGAAGGGAAGGAAUGAGAGAUUGCACUAGCCCCAAACUCAGAUCAGACAGAAGUCAGAUCCACUGGACCCCAGCAGAGAUGGAAGAUGGCUAAAAAGAAGGAAAUUAUAACCUCAAUAUGUGUUUGUGUGUUAGCUUGCAUGUGUAUCUGUGUGUCAGUGUGUGUCUGUAUGUGUAUAUAUGUUUGUGUAUGUAUGUAUAUGUGUUUGUGUAUGUGUGUGUGUGUCUAUGUUUUUGUGGCAGAGUAUGUGUGUCGGUAUGUGUAUGCCAGGGUGUGUGUGUAUAUCUGUUUGUGUGAGAGUAUAUGUGUAUCUGUGCAUGAGUAUUUGUGUCUGUAUUUGUGUGGCAAUUUAUGUGUAUCUCUUUGUGUGUGGCAAUGUAUGUAUAUUUGAGUAUACAUCUGAAACUACACAUAAACACACCCCUACAUUCUAAAUGCCAACGCUACAACCAAAUAUACAACUUUAAUCAAAUGACAACACCGCACACAAACACACCCAAACAUUCAAACAGCAACACUAUAUACAAACACACCCUGCAUUAAAAUGACAAAACUGCUUACAAACACAAACUGUAUUCAACCAAUUAGUGGAGUGCUGCACACUAGUAGCUUGAUGCACUGGAGCUCUGUGGGUGAGGUCUGCAAGUCCCCAAUAUAAACCCAGAAGUAGAGAGCCACAGGCUAAACAGUGCAGGGUAAAGAAUAAAGUAUAUUUAAUUAUGGUACAGGACACAAAACAAAGAUACAACAUUUCGGCCGUGAGACCUUAAUCAUGUAUUCAAAAAGCAACACUACACACAGAUAUACAUCUAUAUUCAAAUAUACCUACUCAAUGCAAAAACAUUCUUAUAUUCAAACACACAGACAGUGGUAAAAUCCCCAUCUGGAAAAAAACAGCGUUGAAGUUUAUGAUAGUUGGUGAUCUACCUUACAAGGGGGGUCUAAAAUGUUCUUGUACUAUGGCCCUCUUCUUAUUAGUUCUGUCACUGCUGCUGACAUUAGAAAUAAGCAUGAGUGCAUUGAGUCAUCAAGGAAUGAGGUACAGCUAGCCAUGAUGAUCUCUUUAGCUAUCCUGAAAGACAAUCUUGAAUCUUGAAUCUAGUCUCUUUGAGACUCAGAUUCCUAUGUAUGUCUCCAUUGAACUUGGAAAUGUGUCUGAUAUGGUCCAGCUUUUUUUAUGGAAGUUUUGAUAUAUUUUGUUCCAUAUUAUUCCCAGGGUGAUAAGAUUAUGGUAGAAUGUACCGGAAACACUAUGGAUCGGGAGGGAACAACAUAUGUAAGUCUGAUCAUCCACUUUGUACACAAACAAAAAUAACUGGUAUUUAGCUUUGAAUCACUCGAUAUUUACAUUGAAGGUAGGCAUCAUCAGGAUAAAGAUAGACAAUUACAGUGAACAAGGAAGGGUAUAGCAAAUAAGGGCAGAAUUUAGGAUAUAGUUGAGUUUAGGACCUAGGGACUGAACAUAAGCAUAAAGGCUUACGAUAAGGCAGGACAUAAGUAGGAAUAAGAAAUGGUAAGAAGUAAAAUGUCAGGAAAUGCCAUAAGAAAGAAGUUCAGCACACAGGAAGGAUGGGAAAAGUAUAAAUGUGAAAGAUUAGGACAGGGAAAAAGAAUAAGAUUGGGAGGAUGAAGUGAUAUAAAGCAGAAAAUAAAGAAUGAAAGAAGAAAUGUUUCAGGAUUUUGUGUAUGUGCAUUACACCGAUGUCAUAGUAAUUAACAUGUCACUGUAGAAGAUGAGAGUGCAUGCAUUAAAUCCAGAUUUGUACUUGAAGUAAGAGCAAGCUUCUCACUCUUAAUUCUACUAUGAAGUUGCACACACCUGUGUUUGUUAAAGGGACACUAUAGUCACCUGAACAACUUUAGCUCAAUGAAGCAGUUUUGGUGUAUAGAACAUGCCCCUGCAGCCUCACUGCUCAAUCCUCUGCCAUUUAGGAGUUAAAUCCCUUUGUUUAUGAACCCUAGUCACACCUCCCUGCAUGUGACUUGCACAGCCUUCCAUAAACACUUCCUGUAAAGAGAGCCCUAUUUAGGCUUUCUUUAUUGCAAGUUCUGUUUAAUUAAGAUUUUCUUUUCCCUUGCUAUUUUAAUAGCUUGCUAGACCCUGCAAGAGCCUCCUGUAUGUGAUUAAAGUUCAAUUUAGCUUUAUUUAGCUAAAGUAAUUUAGGUGACUAUAGUGUUCCUUUAAUCAUGUCUGUCUUCCUCAGGGUGGCCCAAGUACUAUGAAUGAAAUGUGCAUAGGGUUUCUCUUCUAUUAUCCAGUGAUUGAGAUGGCUGCUUGCUGGAGCCUGGUUGACAUCAACUAUAUCACUGAAGCACUGGGGCAGGAGCACACUGAUAGGUAGGUGCCAACUCAAAUACGGAAAUACUUCUUAACCUUUUCCUUCUUACUUUGUUCUAAGGUAAAAAAAAAAGUAUAAUGUUUAUGAACAUCUGAUAAGAAUAUAUAAAAUACAUGUAGUCACAAGCAAUUAUUAUUCUAUCUAAAAUUUAUAUUAUAUCAUAUAUUUAUUCAUUAAAAAGUAAUAUUAUGGAUCUGCCUAAAAUGGUAACAACGUGUAAGAAUAUUACUUUCCCUGGUGCUUUCCACAGCUAAGCAGAUAACCUGUUUACUACUAGAAAAAAAUAACCAGUAAUCUAAGCUAAUACUUGACUUACUGAGUGAGUGAGGUCUUGAAAGGGUCCUAUAGAGUUAGAAAUACAAAUCUGUGUCUCUCUGCACUGGAUUGGUGCUCCAUCUCUUCCAACCUCAUCCAACACGGCGGCUAAUGUGCAUGCAUGGUUGGGUGUGGCAAGUGCAUUAGGCCCACCCCUCGUUUGUAUCUCCUAACUCCACAUCCAAUAUAGUGUUUCUCUCCCAACCUACUCACUCUUGUGUGUCUCUUCACAACCUCACCACCUUAUAUUAACCUAAAAAAAACCUCUUACCCUAUUGUGUCUUUCUCAACCCCCUUAACUUUAGUGUGGUAAUUGAGCCUGUUAACCCUUGACUCCUGUGUGCCUCUUAAUUCCUUUUUAUUUCGUGUGCUGGGUCAAAUGGAGAAAAAGUAGUAGAAAGCAGAAGGAACAGUGGAAGCUGCCAUCCUCAUUUGUAUGAGUAUGUAGUGAAUGUACAUAUGUGUGUGUGGUGCUUGUGUAUAGAGUCUAUAGCCUGUGUGUGCAUAGAAACUUGUGUAUGUGUUUAGGGGUGUAGUGUAUGCAUGUAGAUUAUGGAGUGUGUGUGGAUGUGUGUAGAAAAUGUAGUGGUCAAUGAUAAAGGUAACUGGUGGUAUCCAAUUGAAUGUCUGGUUUAUGGAAGUGUAAUAUUGGUGUCAGGGAUAGCUGGUUAGAAAAUGGUUCACCUUUGAGAUUCUUGGUUCGAAACAGGUUGUGAAAUACUGGAAUAACAUAUAGCACGUGCCCUUUAUUCUGCAUAUCAUGUACACCUCAUUCUACAUUCCAUUACCUAUGUACAUUGUACUUUUUCUUCCACACCCUGUAACCAUUACCAUUCUGUGUACAUAGAACAUGUACAAUUUAACCCUCCUUUCUCUUCCAGUUUAAUAGAUGCUGUCCUCAACCUUGAUUCUAUAGAAUGGGAUGAUGAACUGAGGGAGAUUGCGCAGAAAGCAGAGAUAGAGUGUAAUCACAUCGCCAUAGCACAAAACCGCAAGGUAAACACUUCUUCAUCUCAGUGCAAGACAGCCUGUCACAUAAAGAUAUCUAACUGAGGCUGUGACUUAAAGAUGAAUAUUACGCCUUUAAUUAUAUAUAGAUAUAUAAUUAUAUAAUUAUAAUAACAAGUAAACACAUGCUAGCAGAAUGUUAAUUUACUACAAUAAUUAUACAAUACAAAACUACUACAUAUUACUUACAAAAGGCUAUAACAGUUGCUAAAUGUUACAAUGGAUUCAAAUGGUACAACACAAAACAACAAACUUACACAGUCCCCUGAUGGUAGUCUGCAUUCUAAAAAUGGCAAAUAGACUGAAUCCCUCCCACAUCUGGCUUUUAUUUCCAGUGUAUUUUUAAAGUAGGCUGGCCUGUAAUGUCACUGCCAGGAGCACAUGCCUUAUGGAAUCCAACACACUACCCCUAGUGGCAUAGGCGUGCGCAGCCUAUUGCAUUAGGGUGUGCACCCUAAAGCACAAGCACACGCUGCAUAUAUAUAUAUGUAUGUAUGUAUAUAUAUAUAUGUAUGUAUGUAUAUAUAUAUAUAUAUAUAUACACAUAUAUACACACAUACACACACUGCUGUGUGUGUGUGUGUGUGCUGUGUGAGGGUGCUGUUAGUGUGAUGUGUGUGUGACGGUGCUGGUAGUGUGCUAUGUGGGUAAGGGUGUUUGUGUGUGCAUGCUUGUGAGGAUGCUGUUAAUGUACUGUGUGUGAGGGUGCUGUUUGUGUGUGUGUGUGCGCUUGUGAGGGUGCUGUUAAUGUACUGUGUGUGAGGGUGCUGUUUGUGUGUGAGGGUACUGGUAGUGUGCUAUGUGUGUGUUUGUUAGGGUUGUGUUUGUGAGGGUGCUGUUUGUGUGCUGUGUGUGAGGGUGCUGUAUGUGUGUGUGGGUGCUGUAUGUGUGUUGGUGCUGUAUGUGUGUGGGUGCUGUGUAUGUCUGUGGGUGCUGUGUCUGUGGGUGCUGUGUAUGUCUCUGGGUGCUGUGUGUGGGUGCUGUGUGUGGGUGCUGUAUGUGUGUGGGUGUUGUGUAUGUCUGUGGGUGCUGAAUGUGUGUGGGUGCUGAAUGUGUGUGGGUGCUGUAUGUCUGUGGGUGCUGUGUAUGUCUGUGGGUGCUGAAUGUGUGGGUGCUGUAUGUGUGUGGGCUGUAUGUCUGUGUGGGUGCUGUAUGUCUGUGGGUGCUGUGUAUGUCUGUGGGUGCUGUAUGUGCUGUGUGGGUGCUGUAUGUCUGUGGGUGCUGUGUAUGUCUGUGGGUGCUGUAUGUGUGUGGUGCUGAAUGUGUGUGGGUGCUGAAUGUGUGUGGGUGCUGUAUGUCUGUGGGUGCUGUGUAUGUGUCUGUGGUGCUGUAUGUCUGUGGGUGCUGUAUGUCUGUGGGUGCUGAAUGUGUGUGGGUGCUGUAUGUCUGUGGGUGCUGUAUGUCUGUGGGUGUUGUAUUUCUGUGGGUGCUGUGUAUGUCUGUGGGUGCUGAAUGUGUGUGGGUGCUGUAUGUCUGUGGGUGCUGUAUGUGUGUGGGUGCUGUAUGUCUGUGGGUGCUGUGUAUGUCUGUGGGUGCUGAAUGUGUGUGUGUGCUGUGUGUGUGCUGUGUAUGUGUGUGUGCUGUAUGUGUGUGGGUGUUGUAUGUCUGUGAUUGCUGUAUGUGGGUGGGUGAUUGUGGGGGAGGAGGUGGGGGUACAUAACUUGCUAUCCCCCCUCCCUUCUUACCUUUUAUAGGAAGGGGGAUCCUUGUUGAUGCUGAUUGGUGGUCCAGUGGAGAGUGAACUCUAGCCCCUGUGGGGCUAGAGUUCACUCUCGCGAGAUUUGAGCGUUGCCGGCAACGCUCAUAUCUCGCGAGAGGAACCUGGCGGAGCUGCCGGCAAUAGCUCCGCCGGGUCCUCUCCUGCCUCCCUCCCUGCAUGUGGGUCAGUGGGGAGGGAGGCUGAGCGAUCUCCCCUGCCGGUCUCAAUGAACAUAGGCAUGCCGCGGGGAUUAGGGCCCAGGCACACCCUGCACACCCCUUGCGCACGCCUAUGCCUAGUGGUGCCUCUAAAGCGUUAACCUCAUUAUGCUUUAUUUUAUGUCAUAAAUCAUGAUAUUAAUAUCAUUACAAUCAGUUAUACACUACUAGUGUUUAUUUAUAUAUUAUUAGCAUGUAUUACAUAUUCAGUAACACUUUACAAUUAUGGAAAGGAGAUAUUGAAAAGUAAAGAAGGAACUGCUCGAACAAGCUUACAAUCUAAAAGCAUUUGAGAUUGGUGGCUAUACAUAUUGCUAGGUGUCAUGCCCAAGGACACUUACUGGUAAGGUGGUCAGACCAAUUUGAACCUGGGUUUUCCUGUACAAAACUAUCUAUCAUUGGGAAAUGCAGAUUUACUAGUUACUGGAAGAUCCACUGUGAUCUGUUACUAUUGGAUACAUAACUAUCUACAUCCCAGGUGCAUACACAUUAGACUUUUUUUAAGAUAUAUGGAGUAAUUUAUCACUGGGUGAAACCCAGCUAUGUGGCAUUGGGUCAUACAUGGUUCUCUGGCUCUCUGUUCUGUACAUAGUCAUAGUUGACUACUAGAUACACGGCUAUAUGAUGCAUGGUUUGUAUAGUCAAUAUGAAUGAGUCAAUUUUGGUACAUGUUUCCAUUACCUGAGUCUCCAUGUUGUCUUUUUUUUUCUUAGGGGGAAAGAAUAAACAAGACGAUUCCAGCUCUGCCUGUCUCCCCACCGACCUCUCAUGCAUGCAAUAAAAGUCUUCCUCCAUAA